AACCUGGACGCCCCUUGUGUAAUUUAGUCGUCCACCUCGUGUCGUUCGUUUGGCUCGUCUGUCGAGAUGCCGCUUGGUCUGGGGCGCAGGAAAAAAGCCCCUCUGGUAGAGAAUGAGGAAGGGGAGCCAGUCCGAGCUGGGAUGAGUGUCUCAGGCCUGGGGGGCAAUGCUGAAGGAAGCCCAGGCCUCCAGCCAGGCCUCCCCCCAUUUCCCUCCAGCUUGAGGCCCAGGCUUGUCUUUCAUACCCAGCUGGCCCACGGGAGCCCCACAGGCCGGAUUGAGGGGUUCAGCAACGUCCGGGAGCUCUACAGCAAAAUAGGAGAGGCCUUUCAGAUCCCAGCAGCAGAGGUGAUGUUCUGCACACUCAACACUCACAAGGUUGACAUGGAGAAGCUGCUCGGGGGACAGAUAGGUCUGGAGGAUUUCAUCUUUGCUCACAUCAAGGGCCAGCGCAAGGAAGUGGAGGUGUUUAAGAACGAGGACGGCCUGGGGCUCACCAUCACUGAUAACGGGUCUGGCUAUGCCUUCAUCAAGAGAAUUAAAGAAGGGAGCAUCAUUGACAGAAUCCAGGUGAUCAACGUGGGCGACAUGAUCGAAUCCAUUAACGGCCAGGGCCUGAUUGGCUGCCGACACUAUGAGGUCGCCAAGAUGCUCAAGGAGCUACCAAAGGGGCGGGACUUCUGUCUGAAACUGGUGGAGCCAAUGAAAGCCUUCGACAUGAUUGGUCAGCGGUCUGGAGGGGCGAGGUCCGGCUCGGCCACACCACUGGGGACUGGCCGAGGAACACUGCGUCUCCGGGCUAAGGGUCCGGCCACAGUGGAGGAAGUGCCCUCAGCCUUUGAAGAGAAAGCAAUCGAGAAGGUGGAUGACCUGCUGGAGAGCUACAUGGGCAUCCGGGACAGUGAGCUGGCGGCCACAAUGGUGGAGCUGGGGAAAGACAAGAAGAACCCGGACGACUUCGCAGAGGCUCUUGACGAGACGCUGGGAGACUUCGCGUUCCCCGACGAGUUUGUAUUUGACGUGUGGGGGGCGAUCGGCGAUGCCAAGGCGGGGCGACUGUAGCUCACAGUGCUCGAGAACCGGACCUUCUCACUGCUUCAUAUUGAGGAUGGUACCGUACCCCCUUUGCAGGGCUUGUGGACAAGAAUACUGACCGUGAAAAUCAAAAGAAGACACAAAUAGGUUUGCUAUCCAUGUGAUAUAUAACUUCCUACAGGAGUUGGAUGUAAAAUUAGAAAUGUCUGUCAAUAGAGUAUAGGACCACCGUGGGCAGCCAGAACUGAGUCCCUGUAUUUUAAGCUAACCCACAAUCGUAUUCCGUUUCAUUCUACGAGUGACUGGUAAUACAUUCUUUUAUAAUGUUCUCUCCUGCGUGCAUUGUCAGUAGCCAGACCCUGUUUGUUGUCCAGUUUGUUUACAUACCCGUAAAGCACACACAUUAGACAGCGAGCAGGGCUGGCAGAGUUGUCUCAAUGUCAGACGAUUUGAAUGGCAUAAGGAAGGGUGUUCAGUCCAGGCACGAUGGAUUUUCCAGACAAGCUCAAAGCCAGGUCAAAGCAGAGCUGGAGAAAAAUGAUCCAGAAUCACUGCAUGGUUGCAAAAAGGAAAUUUUUAUAUAUAUAUAUAUAUAUAUAUAUAUAUAUAUAUAUAUAUAUAUAUAUAUAUAUAUAUAUAUAUAUAUAAAGCAACUAGAAUUACAUUUGCAACUAAUGAGUCUAAACAUAUCAUGAUAAAUAUUACAGAAAACACGUAAAAUAGCCCCAUUCUUAAUAAUGUACAUAUAGAUUUUAAAAUCUUUAAUAAACAGUAGGAUGUAGGGUCCCCACAGGCAGCCUGGGUGUCACUGAUUCAACAUGGCCAUGGCUGCAGGUGUUUAAAAAGGUCAGGAGGGAUGCAUGACCAUUCCUCCAUGAUUACCAGCCUCUUAGUCCUUCUGGGAUGUUUUAAUGGGGGAGGGGUAUUCAGAAUGGCUAUAGAAAGACUCCUAACUUCUCAGACUGUUCCUUGUAAAUUGUAAGGAAUUUGGGAAGCACCUUCUAAACCCUGUCGUGCUAUUGUGACGGCAACAAGGAGGUUCAGCUGCUCUGUAUUCCAGAAUGCAUGUGUAACAAAUGAGUUGCUGUUGUAAAGAACACUUGGGCAGGUGUUUCCAGUUGUGUGUUUUUUUUUUUUUAAUCCAAACCCUUCUAGAAUGAAGCUACUGGGUCACAACUAAGAUUAAAAGACCCACAUAAACUCAUCAUUGGAGUAGAGGAAGCAGAAUGGGGCUCGGUGAGAAUGGAUUUCAAAUGGAUUUAAACCUGGACUCUGGGAAUAAAACAGCACCAACUGAAGCUGUUUGUUUCACUCAGAUUCUUCAGAAGCAUUGUACUUGAAACAUGGCAAACAAAUUGCUUUACUAUUCUAUGGGAAACCUUUGAGCUGCUAUUGGUUAUUCCUCCAUGAAUAACACACACGUCUGAUAUUCUUACCACUCAAUCUUUGGCAAGUAAAACUGCCAUAUGGCCCACAGGGGGAGCUGUGUCCCAUCAUCACGUCAUGUUCAAUGUGAUUUCCAUUUGCUUCAAUUAUUCUUCUUCUCUCAUUGGCAUUGGGCAUGUGAAUCUUUAUGGUAAUGCUACAUUUAGCAUGGUAGAAAUACAUGAUUAAUUAAUUGAUAUGCAGAUGUGCAUUUACUGAAGCUCCUUGUUAAUAUCCAGUCAGAUAUGCAAUAGGAGUUGUUGUGUGUGUGUGUGUGUGUGUGUAUUCACCAUUGGCAGUUUCCGGGACAAACACAUAUUGAAUACAUAAAAAGAAAAGCUGUGUAAAACAAUGGCUAUGAAGUUCUGGAAUAACACUGAUCUCUUGUCAUUUUCAUAUUUGUUAUUAUAGUCAUGGCACUGAACUGGGUAAAGGGAUAUCAAUUAAACAAUUAUUGAUGCCAAAAUAUUACCAGUAAGACAACUCGUGUCUCUCUUGCCAAUAAGACAACUAGUGCCCUCGUCGGCACAAAGGUUUUCCUGCUUCAUUUACUGUCAUAGAAUAGAAGUCUGACAGUAGACUGUAUGAUUGAUAAGGCUUGGAUUGCAGCACAAUAAAGGUAUGCAAGGUUUAUCUGUCGGCAUGUGAUCUGUCCUCGACACGACUAACCUGUGGACUAAGACAGCACAGGUGCUAAUACAACUGUAAGUAAAUUGGGGAAGCACAGUCCUGUGUGUGCAAGGUGCAGCAUUGUGAUGCAUUUUCAUUGUAAACUCAGCCUACUGAAUUGCUUUUCUCUGUGACUAAUACCUUUGCUGUCUUGUCCCACACGUUAUAACUCCUGUGCAAUUCAUGUAUUUGAUCAGCUGUAUUAAAACCCCUCUCAACGUCUACUGUACUGGAUCAGAAGUCGUGACUGCAGCUUGAUUUGUAAGGUUGCCUUUGUAAGCUGCUAUGUGACCAUUCCAUAAGUUUUGAAUGAAGUGUUAAAUAUCUAUCUAUCUCUAUAUAGCUCGAACUCUCUCUCGUGUGUGUGUGUGGGGGGGCUGUGAUAAUACUGUGGUAAAAGGGACUCCUUUUAAAGUUUACUCCUAAUUUUAAAUAGAUUAUAGUUAUAUUUUUCUUACCUGUUUUAUUACAUGUCGGGGAACACUACUCUGAUACUGUGUACUCAACACUAUCACUACUGCACUGCUAGGUCUGGCUAGUUCAGGUUAUUGGUCACACACUAAGUCUCUCGCCCCCUAAUCUAAUGUAUUUAUUUAUUAUCCAUUGAUAACUUUGUUUUUCUUGUAUUGUAUGUGUAGGUUUUUCUGUUGUUUUUACCAAUGUAAAUGUAAACCCAUUGCAUUUGAUUGUUUUUACAGUAUAAAUGCUCAAUAACA